AUGCCCGGUAGUCUGUCUCAGACUGGAGCGGUCUUGAUCUUCAUCGCCGUCCUUCUUGGUCAGUCAUCUUCGCGUGGUUUCCAACUCGACUGCACAGCGUUGACUGACCCGAUCCGAGCUGACCCCCACCUUCUCUUCCCCACCCGCCCGCAGCCUACACCUUGCAAACCGAGCUAGCCCAAUACCUGCAACAGACAGCGGGGUACAAGAAGCCCUACUUUCUCUUCUACCUCACGCACAGCGGGUACCUUCUCAUCGCCCCCUUACACCUCGUCUCUCUACGCCUAUUGUCCAUCCCAAUCGAGGCCAACCUGCGAACCUUGGUGGCCAUACUCGAAGUUCAUUUUGCCCCACCCGAACCCAAAACACCAACAACUCCGAUCCCUCUCCCUCCAACUCAUCGACCGAGCUACUCGAGGUCCCUGUCCCGUGCAAGUUUACCCCCCUCUGCCGAUGAAGCGCCGGAUCGACCCGGUCCGGGGCGACGGAGGACGAGCAUGAAGCGAUUGCUCCAUUCGGCGAAACCGAAGGGUUCUUCGGCCGGAUGGAUAGCUCGCUUGAUCUCGACGGUGCUACUCUUGACGUUCUUGAUUGCAUUCCCUGCACUGAGCUGGUAUGCUGCCGUUCCGUUGACGUCGAUGACGGGUCAGUCCCGAGUAAAUAUUUCGAUUCACGAAGCAGGAGGGCCACAGCUAAUGACGCCCCACUCCUUCCGACACCGGCAGACAUCACUGCGAUGUAGGUCUGGACCAAGCAAACUUAUCCUCACAGUCGUAAUGUAGCCGGCGCUCAUCAACCCUCCAUGACGCAACUUUGAACCCUCGCAGCUACAACGUUUUCGCCUUCUGGGCUUACCUGCUCGCAAUCAAGUUUCUCGGGGAGGAACCGUCCAAAUCCAAGCUCAUCAGCGUGCUCGUCGCCGUUUCCGGCGUCAUGGUCAUCGCUUAUGUUCGUCCCGUCCCUCGAGAAGGGAGUACCAUCCUCUUGAACGAAACGGGCAACUGAAGGGUAGACCCCGCUCACAGGGAGACUCCUUCUCAAGCCAGCCGAGCCGCGAUCCCAAAGACGAAGAAAAGGCCAGCUCCCGAUUGUUUGGCAAUCUACUGGCCUUGUUUGGAAGUGUGGCUUAUGCCUCUUAUGAGGUGCGUCUCGAUGUUGGUAAAUUAUUGUCCAAAGCAAGAGUGCUAACUCUGCGAUUUCAUUCCCCAGGUCUGGUACAAGCUUCACGUCGCGUUGCCGGAUCCCGAGGGAGGCGACGAGGAGGCGAUCGAGGAUGAGGAUGAAGCUGAGGAGGAGGGCGAAGCUCUGCUACCUUCGCCCGAGACAACAGGAGACGAAUCGCCUUACCCACCACCCCUACGACGAAUCGCCUCUCACACACUCAGCAUCUCCACCCCCACCACCACACCCCUCUCCAACCCCUCAACCACUUCCUUCCUCCUCUACUCGAAUCUCAUCACCGCUCUAAUCGGUUUCUUCACCUUCAUCCUAUUCUGGAUCCCGAUCCCGAUCUUGCAUUACUACGGCUGGGAAGAGUUCGUCGCACCAUCUCGGGCGACUUGGUUACCCAUUCUCGCGACCGUCAUGUGCGGCGUCAUCUUCAACGCAGGUUUCAUGCUCUUACUGUCACUUUGGGGCCCUGUCAUCGCAGUAAGUCUUUCACCCUUAAAGUCUUCCAAACUUAUUACGCUAAUCGUAAAUGUCACUUUCUGCCACAUCCAAAGUCCGUCGGUAACCUCUGCACCCUCGUUCUUGUCGCUCUCGCAGAUACGUUCGUGCCGACCGCCCCAGGACUGUCCACCGCCAGUCUACUAGGUAGCGGUUUGAUCGUCGCCAGUUUUGCCGGAUUGAUCAUCGGUGCCGCCAAGGCUCCUUCCGAGAAAGUGGUCGAGGAAGGGUGGGAUGAAGAAGGCGAUGACAGGGGUCGUGCGACUAAGCAUGUCGAAGAGGAGACGGUAUGA